AUGGAGAGCCGGAGCGCCGCGAGGCUCGUCCAGGCGGCCGACGACGAGGUGCACUUUGCGCCGCCGGCCGGGUUCGCCUUCGCCACGCCGGCGCGGCAGGAGCCUUGGGCACGGGGCGGCGUGGCGAUCGGGAAGUUGACCACCCACGUCGUGAGCACGUCGCCCGGGGGCUCGCCUGCGGUGGUAGAAGGCCACAUGUCGGACGGCCGGCGCUUCGUAGUGGAGGAGCCCCCAGAGCUCGCGGCGUCGGAGUCGCCAGGGCUGCGUGAGGCCGUGCGAGGGGCCGGAGAGGACUGCUCGGAGAGGGCCCACCCCGGCGUCGCCGCCUGGGUGGAGCCCACGGACCACCUGGGCCGCCUGGGCUACGCCGUGGACGCACGCGCCUACGCGGAGAUCGCCUGGCCGCCUCAGUCCACCGGGGCCGCCGCACCACAGGACUCCCUGGACAGAUUCCACACCGGCCUGCCGGCCUGGGUCCAGUCCUCCCUGGACACGCUCGUGUAUGCGGAGCCCGCCUGGCCGCCGGAGGCCGCAGACGCCGCCGCACCACAGGACAGCGUCAGCGAGCCCACGUUCAGCCCCGUCGCCACGAGGCUCGGCUUGCACGAGGACAGCGUCAGCGAGCCCACGUUCAGCCCCGUCGCCACGAGGCUCGGCUUGCACGAGGCACUCCGCGGGUCGGGGCCUGCCGCGAACUUGCCGUGCAGCAGUGCGUGA